AUGGCCACCUCAAUGCUGCACUAUUUCGGCUUCGGCAAUAACGCGCUUUCAGCCAAGGAAGAAGCCAAAGACGAACCUGUGCGCGCUUUGCCAGCAUCAUGGUACACUUCGCCGGGCAUGUAUGAGCUGGAGCGCCGCGCCAUCUUUUCCAAGAGAUGGCUCUUCAUGACCCACAGCUCCCGGGUCAAGGAGACUGGGGACUGGCUCCGCUAUGAGAUUGCUGGUUUCGACUUUAUUAUUGCUCGAGACAGGCAGGGAAAUAUCAACGCUUUCCACAACGUAUGCAGACACCGUGCGUACCCGGUAAUUGAAAAACAGGGCUCGGGAAAUGCUAAAAUCCUGGCUUGUCGAUACCACGGCUGGUCGUAUGGACUGAAUGGCAAACUUGCCAAAGCUCCUGGAUAUCAAGAACUAAAUGGCUACGACAAGGAACAAAAUGGUCUUUUUCCUAUCCAUGUUAAGGUUGACAUCAACGGAUUCAUUUGGGUUAACUUAGAUGCAAAUGAAGUGCCAGAGGUGUCGUGGGAGGAGCACUUCCUAGAUGUUGACAAGCAAGAGCGGUACAAGGCCUACAAUUUUGAUGACUACGAUCUUGACCACUCUUAUGAGCUUGAUGGUCACUACAACUGGAAGAUCCUGGCUGAUAACUUCAAUGAAUGUUAUCACUGCCCAACGACACAUGCCGACAUUCCUGAGUUCCUUAACCUUGACUCGUUUGACAGUGACCUCAAAGAUGGUCAUAUACAACACCAUUGCAUUUCCACGCCAGAACAGAUUGCCAAAGGCCUGUAUACAGCUAGUACAUACUACUUUCCAGUGUCCGCCAUGGUUGUUUCGCCCCAUUUCAUCAUGAUCCAGAAAUUCCUCCCCACGAGCCCAAAUGAUUCUAAAAUGGCUUACGAAAUUUACCGAAACAAAAAUUCCUCCGACACAGACUUCAAGCUCAUAAGUGAAAUGUACGCGCGUGUAAUGAGAGAAGAUAAAGUCCUUUGCAACAAUGCGCAGAAGAAUUUGGACCGGAAUGUGUUCAUCAAUGGUCAACUACAUCCCAAGUACGAGAAGGCACCGCUGUUUUUCCAGAGUACGGUUCGCGAUGCCAUUACGAAGCAUUUUGACCUUGAGAAAUCUGAGGGCAAGGAGAUAUGGCCUGCGAAACGCAAGUUGCCAUGUAGCGCCCAAGUUAGUGAGAAAGAUGAGGAGAUAUGUGCCGCUUUGAGCUGUGGAGCCCAUGAUGACGCUCCUGACUUUGUCUGGUAA